GUCAAGGGGGGCGUGCCCGGUUCAGUUAGUGUGCAGAGUGCGGCUGUGGAGAGCGGAGCUCCGGAUAAUCCAUGGUGAAGAAGAGCUGAAUUUUCUUCCUCCUGGGAACGUAUUUGGGUGAGACCCCGCGCCACUGUGACUGAGCCAUGAGUUCCGGAUCCAGCCAAGGGGUGAUCACCGCCCCGCCCCCUCCCAGCAUGCCUCACAAAGAGCGCUACUUCGACCGCGUCGAUGAAAACGACCCCAACUACCUCCGGGAGAGGAACAUGUCCCCAGAUCUCCGCCAGGACUUCAACAUGAUGGAGAAGAAGAAGAGAGUGACUCAUAUACUCAAGAGCCCGGCUUUUCGCGAGGACCUGGAAAGUCUCAUUCAGGAUCAGAUGCAGAAAGGAAACACCCCGACCGGGCUGCUGGCUCUGCAGCAAAUUGCCGACUACGUGAUGGCCAGCUCAUUCGCCGGCUUCUCCUCGUCUCCGCUCAAUCACAGACCCGUCAAUGUGACGAGCACGCAGCAUCCGGAAGGGGGUCUGGGGAUGGUGACUCCCGUUAACGACAUUCACCCCGCCAUAGAGGGCUUGCUGGUGAAGGGCGAGAAGCUGGCCCGCUCCAAGCUGGCUUCCAUGUACCGGCUUGCCGACCUCUUCGGGUGGGCGCACCUGUCCAACGCCUACAUCACGGCGAGGGUCAGCAAAGAGCAAGACCACAUCCUGAUCAUUCCCAGAGGCCUCUCCUUCUCCGAAGCAUCUGCCGCUAACCUGGUGAAGCUGAACAUCGUUGGCGACGUGGUGGAUCAGGGCGCAACCAACCUGCGCAUCGACCCCUCCGGGUUUAGCCCUCACGCGGCCAUCUACUCCACCCGUCCUGACGUGCGAUGUGUGAUCCAUAUACAUACUCCCGCCACUGCUGCUGUCUCAUCCAUGAAGUGUGGCAUCCUACCCAUCUCCCAGGAAGCUCUGCUGCUCGGCGAAGUGGCGUACUACAAUUACCAGGGGUCUCUGGACGAGCAGCAGGAGAGGAUCCAACUGCAGAAGGUUCUGGGGCCCAGCGCUAAGGUGCUGGUGCUCCGGAAUCAUGGGGUGAUGGCUCUGGGAGAAACCAUGGAAGAAGCCUUCCACUACAUCUUCAACGCGCAGCUAGCCUGUGAGGUUCAGGUCCACGCCUUGGCCGGGUCCGGAGGCAUAAACAACCUUCUGCUGUUAGACUUGGAGAAGUACAAGCCCGUCACACACUCCUUGGCCGCAGGUGGCGGGGGAGGGGUGAACAUGGAAGGGCAGUACAAGUGGAAAGUCGGGGAACUGGAAUUCGAAUCGCUCAUGAGGAUGCUGGACAAUCUGGGGUACAGGACUGGGUACGCUUACCGGCAGCCGCUGACACGAGACAAGCCGCGACACAAGAGCGAAGUUGAGAUCCCCGCCACGGUCACAGCCUUCUCCUUCGAAGAUGAUCAGGGGAUGCCACGUUCUCCGCUGAAUUACCUGGUUCAGAAGCAGCAGAGGGAGAAGACGCGCUGGCUGAACUCCCCAAACACGUACUUAAGAGUCCACGUCCCCGAGGAGUCCGUGAGUGGAGAGAUGAGCCCAAGAACGAAGAUCAUGUGGAUGAAAGCCGACGAGCUCAGCAAGUCUUCAGGCGGAUAUCCCAUCAAGAUUGAAGAUCCUAACCAGUUUGUCCCAUUAAAUACCAACCCGACAGAUGUUCUAGAGAAGAGAAACAAGAUCCGGGAGCAGAAUCGGUACGAUCUGAAGACGGCCGGACCGCAGUCACAAGUCUUGGCAGGAAUCGUGGUGGAAAAGCCGCCUCCUAUGACGCACUUUGAAGAGGACGAGAACGCGCCCCCUGCUCCUCCAAAUCCGUUUAGCCAGUUACUAGAGGAGGAGAAAGGAGGAGAGAACGGCACUCAAGAUGCCGAGCAUGAGCUAAUCUCAGAAGACGACUCUUCUGCCCCCGUAACUCAGUCCCCACCCCAGACGCCAGUAAGCUCUGCAGACCCUCUUGAGGACUCUGUGUUCCAGAAGGACUCUCCCAUUGUGUUAAACGGCAAAGAUGGCAGCAAGCACGAUGAAGAGGAGGAUCUGACCAUCCGUGUCAGUCAGCUGAACAUGGGGGAACACUUAGAAAUCACGCUGCGGAGCACCGAGAAGUUCAUCGAGGGGGAGCUGACUCCCGAAGGGUCUCCUUCCAAGUCCCCCAAUAAGAAGAAGAAGAAAUUCCGCACCCCGUCCUUCUUGAAGAAGAAUAAAAAGAAGGAGAAGCUGGAGGCAUAACCCCCGGUUCAUGGGAAUGGGGGGGGAUCCCCUUUUUGGGGGGUUUAGUACGUGAAACCUGUUUUCAUGCUGCAGGGGGGGGCGCUGUUCAGAUCUGAGACAUUGGGGUCUCCAGGAUGCAGCCAUUCUCCUGCUUUUCUCUGUUUGCUGUACAAAGCCCUCGCCUCCAGCAGCCGCCAUGAGCUUUUUACUCCACCCAUCUGCCCGGAACGCCAGAGGAAGCUCCGCCCCUCCUUAAGCGGGACGAUCACAAAACCAGCUCAUGAUUUUUGUGCAUUUUAAUUUUUUUAUGCUACAAAAGACAUAAAACAAUUUUUUUUUUACAGAUCUUCUAUUAUGCACACAGUAAAGAUGGCGGCAUGCGCCAAUUAUAUGCACCUGGAGAAUUUUAACCAUUUAAUUUGAGGAGGUUUUUCUUAUGAAUUUUUUUUUUUUAGCAGCUGGAAAAAAUUUAAACUGGAAUAUAAAAUCUCUGUGGGAUUUUAUUGUAGGGGCACAGGCCGGACCCCGGGGAAAAUGGUUUUGGGGGGGAGGGGUCUGCGCUAAAUCCCACCGAUUUACCUCCUCUCUGAGGACGGAUAAUGCUUCGCCAUGUAAUACCGCAGGGUACAACCACACUGGUUUAGCUGGAAUCUCCUGCGUAUCCUCUAUGAUGCAUUUCUGUAGAUUUGGCUGCAGACUGGAAAUUUUAGGCUUGAAUAUCGGGCGGGGGGGGGGAGACGUGGAAUUAAACAUUUUUAUAUUUUAAAAAAAUGAAAUUGAAUUUUUUUUCCUUGCCAAAUACAUGUAUUUAACUAUUUGCUGCCAAAGGGCUUCUUUAAAACUAAAACUAUAUUGCACAAGCAGGAGGAAGCGUCCUUACUGAUGUUACAAAGCAGUGGCGUUAAAAAAAAAAUAUAUUUUUUUUUGUGUAUUUUUUGGAAACCAUCCAAAUUUCAUGUAAAAAAAAUGACCACACGGGCCUUAUUUUUGAAAAAAAAAGACAUCCCAUUUUAAUUUUUGUAUGAAAUAUACAACUUGAACCAAACACAAGAAUAAUAUUUAAAUGUAUAAUGUCUAAUAUUUAAAUAUAUUCUCGUGAAUAAAUAUAAAAAAAGAUAUUUUUAUAAUAAUUUGCACAUGCUGUCACAUUUCUAGGGAAUACCGCAGAAUUUGAAUUGGUUUUAGAAAUUAGUUUAAUUUUUUUUUUUUUUUUUUUUUACCGUAGGUAUUUUUUUCCACAGAAUAAAAAAUAUAUAAAAAAAUAAUAAUUAACAUUUUUAAAAAAUUUCUGCAAAGGUGGCGACUUGGAUAGACAGCGUUUCAGUAGGUUCUUGACACUGAGAUGGUCGGGUAAUGAAUGAGACAUUUAGCUAGGAUGCUGUAGAGGAUAGGAGGCCGUGCAAGUGAGGAGGAGGUGGUGUUUUUUUAUUUAUUUUUUAUUUUUAAGGGUCAUUAGUUUGAAUGUUGAAGAGUCGCAAAAGGCUGGUUUAAAGUGGGUGAGACUUGAACCACCCACACCCCUCAUGGACAUGGAUCACUACAGAACCAGGUAGGUCUGGGGUAUUAAACUGUAGGACGCUGGCCAAAUGUAAAGGGGAAAAAAACAAAA